AUGGACAAGACAACCGAAGAGUUCGUGGAGUACCGUGGGACAAAAGAUGACCAGACAGAGCAAGAUAUCUUGUACCAGGCCUAUGCCGCCAAAGGGCCGGAAUGGCACCAGCGAAUGACCCGGAAGGUGUUGCGCAAGGUCGACUGGCAUCUGCUGCCGUUCCUAGUGCUGAUGUAUCUGUUAAAUUUCUUGGAUCGAAAUAACUUGUCGCAAGCACGUCUUGGUACUCUCGAGAAGGACCUGGGAAUGAAGGGGACCGACUAUAAUCUAGCGACAAGCAUCCUCUUUGUCGGUUACCUCCUCAUGCAGCUGCCGUCGAAUUUGCUUCUGACAAAGAUCCGACCGUCGCUUUUCCUGGGCAUCUCCAUGGCCAUCUGGGGAGUCAUCUCGGCCUGUCAAGCGGCAGUAACUUCGUUCACGGGGUUGGUGGUGGCCCGGUUCUUUCUGGGAUUUGUUGAGGCACCAUUCUUCCCUGGAGCCGUGAUGCUGAUGUCGAGUUGGUAUACCCGGCAAGAGGUUUGUUUGCCAAACACGCAAUGA